ACCGAGCGAUGUCUCUCGCCGACGAAUUGUUGGCUGAUUUGGAAGAAAUAGCAGAAGAGGGUGACAUAGAGGAUGAUGCAGAAAACAAAGAAAAUGGUGAGGGUCUUGAUGAAGGUCAAGAAGAUCUGAUGGACCUGGACGCCAUCGACACGGAUUCAAUACGAAGCAUAGCGAAGCUGAGCGACAGUCAGCAGCUGAAACGAGUUUUGGAGCAGAUAGAUUUCUACACUGCAAACCCAAGACAGGAAGAGAUUCAUGGUCCGGUGGAAGCUGAUCCAGAGUAUCAACUUAUUGUCGAAGCCAACAACGUGGCCGUAGAGAUUGACCACGAAAUACAUAUCAUUCAUAAAUUUAUUCGAGAUCAUUAUUCAGUUCGUUUUCCUGAACUGGAUUCUCUUGUUCUCAACCCUAUAGAUUAUAUGCAAACAGUGAAGCUUGUUGGUAAUGAUCUGGGUGUAACAAACGUUGAUGCUGAACUCAAGGAAAUACUUCCAGCCGCAUCAGUUAUGGUUAUCAGUGUAACUGCUUCUACAACUCAAGGUAAGAGGAUUGAUGAUGAAGACAUGGAAAAAGUGACUGAAGCUUGUGAUAUGGGUCUUCGUCUCAACGAGGCAAAAUUUCGUAUUUAUGAGUAUGUGGAGAGUCGAAUGGCUUUCAUUGCUCCAAACUUGACAUACGUUAUUGGUCCAUCGAUAGCAGCAAAGCUCAUGGGUGUUGCUGGUGGCCUGACUGCAUUGUCCAAGAUGCCUUCUUGCAAUGUCUUGCUGUUGGGAGCACAGAGACGAGUGUUAGCAGGGUUUUCUUCAAUGACAGCCAUUUCUCAUAUUGGCUUUGUCGUGGAGACAGAUUUAGUACAGAACACAUCGCCGGAUCUGAGAACUAAAGCAGCUCGUUUAGUUGCUGGCAAAUGCACUUUGGCGGCGAGGGUAGACAGCUUUCACGAAAGUCCAACUGGAUCUAUUGGAAUGUCAUUACGUCAAGAGAUGGAGAAGAAGCUCAAUAAGCUUCAGGAACCUCCACCAGUGAAACAAGUCAAACCUUUACCACGACCCGAUCCUUCGAUACGAAAGAAGCGAGGAGGAAGAAGGGUGAGAAGAAUGAAAGACAAGUAUGCGAUAACAGAAAUGAGAAGACAAGCAAACAGAAUGACAUUUGGAGAGGUAGAAGACGAUCCCUAUCAGACUGAAAUGGGGUUCAAUGUCGGUAAUGUGGGUAAAAGUGGUUCAGGCAAGGUUCGAGCGGCAGUAGUCGAUUCCAAAACUCAAGCUACAAUAUCUAAGCGGCUGCAAAGAAAAAUUGAAAAGCAGCAGCAAGUGUAUGGGGGACGGUCAACUGUACGUGGAAGGGAAACAUCCGGAACUGCAUCGAGUGUUGCUUUUACUCCAUUACAAGGUCUUGAAAUUAUUAAUCCACAGGCUGCUGAGAAGAGAAUUCAAGAAGCAAAUGCCAAGUACUUCUCGAACUUUGGUGGUUUUGAUAAAGUCAAGAAAGGAAAGGAAGCAGUAAAGCAGACGUAACAGCAGGAAUUGACCUUAUGUGCAUACCGUAUUGGUCGUAGUUGAUAAUGGAAUGAAGAAAUAAAUGAAGAAGCACUAGCUAGAA